CUCGACGUCGCGGCGAAUCGCGGGGGAUCUGCGAUGGCGCGCGCGGUCGCGCGCGCGAUCGCGCCCGCGCGGUCGACCGCGCGCGACGACGGCGCGCGCGCGACGACGGCGCGCGUCGCCGCGACGCGUCGUCGCGCGUCGCGCGCGCGGGGCGCGGUCGAACGCGCGGUGAUUGCGGACCGCGCGACGACGACGACGACGACGACGACGACGACGCGCGCGCGCGGGACGACGCGGACGCGCGCGAUGCCGCACGCGGGCGACGCGGUGUGGUGGGCGGAGCAGGCGGCGACGUGCGGGGCGAUCCUGUGCGCGUACGCGCGGAUGACGAGUGACGGGGACGACGCGGACGAGGCGUGCCCGAAGUGCGAGGGGAGCGGACGAACGGCGUGCUCGUGCACGCGAUGGAGCGGCGACGGCGAGGGAUGCGGGUCGUGUGGAUACACGGGAGUGACGGCGUGUCCGGCGUGCAGGGGCGGAGGGCGCGCGGUGCGAGUGACGGUGAAGAUCGAGGCGCCGAGCGAGACGAGCGAGGGGGGAUUCGAACGGGAUAGGUCGAACGCGACGGGGAGUAGGGCGACGACGACGACGACGACGACGCGCGCGCGCGCGCUGCGAUGCGUCGCGGUGGAGGGUGGGACAGAUUACAGCGUGUCCACGACGCCCGCGAUCGUGGAUUCGACGGAAUCGAAGGGACCGUCGGGCGGACGCGACGAGGACGGCCCGAGCUCGAGCAAGGACGACGAUUUUUACGCGCAGUCUGGGGAGGCGAUUCGAGUCCUUCGCGAGGACUACCCGUAUUUGUUGACCAAAGAGCCUCGAUGGACGAUCUACAGGGACGAUAUCGGGCUGUUGGACGAGACGAUGACGUUCGCGGGGCCGGGAAGAGAGGGACGAAACGGCGUCAUGGCGACGAACAUGUCCGAGUACAAACGAGUGUUCAAGAUCAUUCGUAUCAUCGCCGCCGUGUUGUUUUCGCAGAGCACGAUGGAGGUGUCUCGCAUUUGGUCCCCUUUGGGUUCGUCGGGCCUUCGAACGAUCCGCGUGCGCUGGAGCGUUCGCGGCAAGGUGAGACUCGUCGGCUCCAUCGGCGCCGACGAGGCGAGGUUCGACGGAAUCUCCGAGUACAAGCUCGAUUCCAAGGGCUUCAUCUACGAGCAUAAAAUCACCGAUCUCGAUUGGGACGUCGCGCAGCUUCGAGAACGCGCGGUGCAGAUGAUGCGCGCGGCGCAGGGCGUGCAGCAGCCCAUCGGAAGCGGAGACUGGUGAUUGCGCGACUCGAGCGGCGCUCGAAAGUUGUCUUUUGUUGUACGCAUUGAAAUGUAAUUUCAAACUCAAUCUAAUGCACCA